AUGGCGAACCUCUACUUCACCCACUCGAGCGCGCCGCUCAAGACGGUAGAGGAGAUCCAGUUCGGUCUGAUGUCUCCCGACGAGAUCAAGAGCAUGAGUGUGGCUCACAUCCAGUACCCCGAGACCAUGGAGGAGAACAAGACCAAGCCUCGCGAUGGCGGCCUCAACGACCCUCUCCUCGGAUCCAUCGACCGGCAGUUCAAGUGCAAGACGUGCACUCAGUCUAUGAGCGAGUGCCCUGGUCACUUUGGACACAUCGAGCUGGCCAAGCCCGUCUACCAUCCCGGCUUCAUCAAGAAGGUCAAAAAGAUCCUCGAGAUGGUCUGCCACAACUGCAGCAAAGUGUUGGCCGAUGAAAGCGAUCCCGAGUUUGUCGCUGCGAUUCGCACCCGCGAUCCCAAGGUCCGCUUCCAGCGCGUCUGGGCCGUCUGCAAGAAGAAGCGCAAGUGCGAGAAUGAGGAGCGCGUCGACAAGAACGAGGAGUUCGCCCCCGGCAUGAAGCCCAAGCACAUCGACAACCACGGAGGCUGUGGCAACGCCCAGCCCUUGGUUCGCCAGGCUGCUCUCCAACUCAAGGCCGCCACCGAGGUAUCUACCGAGGAUGGCCCCAAGAAGAAGGAGACGGUCCCCAUCACGGCUGAGCACGCCCACUCGAUUAUGCGUCGUAUAUGUGAGAAGGACCUGCGCAACAUGGGCCUCAACUCCGAUUAUGCCCGUCCCGAGUGGAUGAUCGUCACCGUCCUUCCCGUGCCGCCGCCGCCUGUGCGUCCCAGUAUCUCCAUGGACGGAACGGGUACCGGUAUGCGCAACGAAGAUGAUCUGACCUACAAGCUCGGUGACAUCAUCCGCGCCAACGGCAACGUGAAGCAGGCCAUCCGUGAGGGUUCCCCCGCACACAUUGCCAGGGACUUUGAGGAGCUCCUCCAGUACCAUGUUGCCACCUACAUGGAUAACGAUAUUGCUGGACAGCCCCGGGCCCUGCAGAAGAGUGGACGUCCGGUCAAGGCCAUCCGCGCGCGUCUCAAGGGCAAGGAGGGUCGUCUGCGUGGCAACCUGAUGGGCAAGCGUGUCGACUUCUCGGCCCGUACCGUCAUCACGGGUGACGCCAACCUUUCCCUCGACGAGGUCGGUGUGCCUCGCAGCAUUGCGCGUACCCUGACGUACCCCGAGACGGUCACGCCGUACAACAUCGGCAAGCUUCACCAGCUGGUCGAGAACGGCCCCAACGAGCACCCCGGCGCCAAGUACGUCAUCCGCUCCGACGGCACCCGCAUCGACCUGCGGCAUCAUAGGCGUGCUGCCCAGAUCUCGCUCGAGUACGGCUGGAAGGUCGAGCGUCAUCUCAUGGACGGCGACUACAUCAUCUUCAACCGUCAGCCCUCGCUGCACAAGGAGUCCAUGAUGGGUCACCGUGUCCGUGUCAUGCCCUACUCUACCUUCCGUCUCAACCUGUCGGUCACGUCCCCCUACAACGCCGAUUUCGAUGGUGACGAGAUGAACCUCCACGUUCCCCAGAGCGAGGAGACGCGUGCCGAGGUCAAGGAGCUGUGCCUGGUCCCGCAGAACAUUGUGUCGCCCCAGAAGAACGCCCCCCUGAUGGGUAUCGUCCAGGACUCCCUGGCUGGCGUCUACAAGCUGUGCAGGCGAGAUGUCUUCCUCGACAAGGACGAGGUCAUGAACCUGAUGCUGUGGGUCCCCGGCUGGGACGGUAUCAUCCCUCAGCCCUCGAUCUUGAAGCCCCGUCCCCGCUGGACUGGCAAGCAGCUCGUCAGCCUGGUCAUCCCGCCCGAGGUCAGCAUCCAGGCUGGCUCGGACAGCUACAAUUCCCUGCUGAAGGACGACGGUAUCCUCAUCCAGGGCGGCCAGCUGAUCUACGGCCUGCUCAAGAAGAAGCACGUCGGCGCCCAGGCUGGUGGUAUCAUCCACAUUGCCUACAACGAGCUCGGUCCCAGCUACGCCAUGACCUUCCUCAACAGCCUCCAGCAGAUCGUCACGUACUGGCUGCUGCACAACGGUCACAGCAUCGGUGUCGGUGACACGAUUCCCGACAAGAAGACGAUCGAGAAGGUUCAGCUCGACAUCGACGACGAGAAGAACAAGGUCGCCGACCUCACCGCCAAGGCUACCGCCAACGAGCUCGAGGCCCUGCCCGGUAUGAACGUCCGUGCAACCUUCGAGCACGAGGUCGGUGUAGCGCUCAACCGAGCCCGUGACCGUGCCGGUACCACGACGCAGAACAGUCUGAAGGACUCCAACAACGCCGUCACCAUGGCCGAUUCCGGCUCCAAGGGUUCCUCCAUCAACAUCUCGCAGAUGUCGGCUCUCGUCGGUCAGCAGAUGGUGGAGGGGAAGCGUAUCCCCUUCGGUUUCAAGUACCGCACCCUGCCGCACUUCACCAAGGAUGACUACUCGCCCGAGUCUCGCGGCUUCGUCGAGAACUCGUAUCUGCGUGGCCUGACGCCCACCGAGUUCUUCUUCCACGCCAUGGCCGGUCGCGAAGGUCUCAUCGAUACGGCCGUCAAGACUGCCGAGACCGGCUACAUCCAGCGCCGUCUCGUCAAGGCGCUGGAAGACCUGAGUGCGCGCUACGACGGCACUGUCCGCAACUCGCUGGGCGACAUUGUCCAGUUUCUCUACGGCGAGGACGGUCUCGACGCCAUGUGCAUCGAGCAGCAGAAGAUGGGCAUCCUGAACCCGUCCAACGACAAGUUCGCCGAGAAGUACCGUCUGGACCUCGCGAACCCGCCGGAGUGGUUCAGGAGGGACUACGAGUACGGCAACGAGCUGACUGGUGACAAGGAGUCCAUGGACCUCUUGGACGAGGAGUGGGAGGCUCUGUGGGCCGACCGCGAGAUCGUGCGCAAGAUCAACCGCCCCAAGAAGGACGAGGACAUGAUGCAGCUGCCUCUCAACAUCAACCGUAUCAUCGAGUCGGCUAAGCGCAUCUUCAACGUCAAGGCGACGGACCGCAGCAACCUGCGCCCGUCGGACGUCGUCCCUGCGGUCCAGAACCUCCUGAGAAAGGUGGCCAUCGUCCGUGGCGCGGACCCCAUCUCGCAGGAGGCCGACUCGAACGCCACCAUCCUGUUCAAGGCUCUGGUCCGCUCCAGGCUCGCCUUCAAGGACCUGAUCAAGGUCCACCGGCUCAACAAGCUGGCUUUUGAGCACAUCAUCGGCGAGCUCCAGAACCGCUGGGACAGGGCGUUUGUCAGCCCCGGUGAGAUGGUCGGUGUGCUGGCGGCGCAGUCCAUCGGAGAGCCUGCCACGCAGAUGACGCUCAACACCUUCCACUUCGCCGGUGUGUCGUCCAAGAACGUGACGCUCGGCGUGCCCCGUCUCAAGGAGAUCCUCAACUUGGCGAGCAACAUCAAGACGCCGUCCAUGACGGUCUACGUCGACAGCCCGCUGGCCAAGCAGGAGCAGGCCAAGAAGCUCCGCAGCGUUGUCGAGUACACCAACCUGCGCUCCGUCACGGCCGUCACCGAGAUCCACUACGACCCCGAUAUCCAGGAGACGACGAUUGCGAGCGACGUGGACAUGGUCGAGUCGUACUUCCUCAUCCCCGAGGAGGGCGUGGAUACGUCGGCCAGGCAGUCCAGGUGGCUGCUGCGCAUCAUCCUCGACCGCCAGAAGAUGCUUGACAAGGAGAUCCGCGUCGAGGACAUCGCUCAGCGCAUCAAGGAGGAGUAUCCCAAGGAUCUCGCCAUCAUCUUCAGCGACAACAACGCCGAUGAGCAGGUCAUCCGCAUCCGUACCAUCAAGAGCAAGGAGAAUCCGGAAGACGACAACGGCGCCUCGAUCGAGGACGAUGUCAUGCUCAAGCGCCUCGAGGCCCACCUGCUGGACACCAUGACGCUCCGCGGCGUGCCCGGCAUCGAGCGUGCCUUCCUCACCAAGGGCACGACGCUCAACACGACGCCGGACGGCGCGCAGAUUGCGGUCAAGGACGAUCCUCGAUGCACCGAGUGGUACCUGGACACGUCCGGUUCGGCCCUGCGCGAGGUGCUGGCCGUGGACGGCAUCGAUGCGUCGCGCACGUCGUGCAACGACCUGUGGCAGAUCGUCGACGUCUUCGGCAUCGAAGCCGCGCGUUCCGCCCUGCUGCGCGAGCUGGUCAACGUGCUGGCGUUUGACGGUUCGUACGUGAACCACCGACACAUGGCCCUGCUGGUGGAUGUCAUGACGUACAGGGGUACCAUCUCUGCCGUCACGCGCCACGGCAUCAACCGUGCCGACACGGGUGCGCUGAUGCGCUGCUCCUUCGAGGAGACGGUCGAGAUCCUGCUCGAGGCCGCCGCGACGGGAGAGCUCGACGACUGCAGGGGCAUCUCGGAGAACGUCAUGCUCGGCCAGAUGGCGCCCAUGGGCACCGGCAACUUCGACACGCUGCUGGACCCCAAGAUGCUCGAGACGGUCAUCUCGGACAACUCGCGCAUGGGUCUCAUGCCUGGCAUGCCGGUCAAGGAGGGUGACGUCGAGGGUGCGGCCACUCCGUACGACACGGGUUCGCCGAUGGCGGACUCGGGCUACAACAGCAUGAGCUCGCCGUCGGCCGGGAACUUCUCCCCCAUCCAGGGAGCGGGAUCGGAGACGCCGGCCGGAUUCGGCACCGAGUACGGCGGCGGCGGCUUCGGCGGCGGGGUCGGCGCCAUGAGCCCGUACUCGCGCGGCGGAGCCACGAGCCCGUUCAGCACGUCGCCCACGAGCCCGUUCAGCGCCGGGAUGGGAGGCUACUCGCCCACGUCCCCGGCCGGGGGCUACUCGCCGACGUCGCCUCUCAUCGACGGAGGGGCCGGCCGGUUCGCGACGACGCCGUCGUUCAGCCCAUCGUCGCCGUCGUUCUCGCCGACGUCGCCGAUGCUGCGACCGGGCGGUCCGACGAGCCCGACGAGCCCCGGCUACAGCCCGUCGUCGCCCAACUACUCGCCGACGUCGCCGACGUCGCCCAGGCACUACUCCCCCACGUCGCCGGCCAACUUCAACUCGCCGACGUCGCCGACGUACUCGCCCGCGAGCCCGAGCUACAGCCCGGCGUCGCCCAACAUCCACGGCGACGGCCCGACGUCUCCGGCCUACUCGCCUGCGUCGCCGUCGUGGUCACCGACGUCGCCGGCUUACUCUCCGACCAGUCCGCGCUUCGCCAACGCGGGGGCAGGGCAGUCACCCACGAGCCCGAGCUACUCCCCAACCUCUCCGUCCUUCUCGCCGUCCACACCUGGGCCGGGAACGUCGGGUAACCAAUAG